AUGUCACAACAUCCAUCGUCAUCUGGUUCCAAAUCCUCCCAACAUGCAAAGACUCCAUCCAUGGAGUUUGUAGAUGAUGAUAUAAUGGACGUCACCCCUCUGUGCAUGAUACCGGGCAACACCACAGGUACCUCCUCCAAUGCUGGAGAUAAGCAAGGUAAUACCUCUGGUAACUCCUCUCUUCCUAAAGACAUGUAUUACACUGAUCGCGCUAUAAGGAGACUGGUUACUAGAAUACUGAGUGAAGGACAUAAAGUUGAAGGGGUCUCUACCCCUCUAUCCAGAAGGGAACCCUCUCCUGAGAGAGAACCCCAUGCUGAUAAAGAUGAUGAUUCAUCUAGAUCAGAAAAAGAGGUGGCUGCUGAAGGGCUUUGCUCUCUAGGUAAAACCCUACCUAGCAAGAAACAAAAUGUGCCUCAAGAUGAUAUUAUUGACCUUGAGGAAGAAAGCACUGAAGGAGAAGAUGAUCCUUUGGUCCAUCUGGUUAAACCUAGCGUUGCUGAAAAACUGAGAAGUAAGAAAGGAAAAAGUAUGGCUAAAAUGAGAGCUGCUAGAGUGAAGAAGACUGCAGGAGUAGGACCCUCUAAACCCUGGAGCAAGGUUGAGGUUGGAAAAAGAAAAGAGAGACACAACUCUGAUUCUGAAGAGAAUGUUAAAGAUGAUGUCCCAGACAUCUCCCCUGCAAAAAGGCAAGCAGUUCAGGAAUCUCCUAGCAAGGUUGCUACUGUCCAUCUAGACAAUAUCUCCUUUCAUUUGGAAGAUGGAGCAGCAAAGUGGAAAUAUGUCAUUUAG